AUGGACCUGAGCGCGGCCGCCGCGCUGUGCCUCUGGCUGCUGAGCGCCUGCCGCCCCCGCGACGGGCUCGAAGCUGCAGUGGUGCUGCGAGCGGCGGGGGCAGGGCCGGCCGAGAGUCCGGGGGGCGGUGGCGGCGGCGGGAGGACCCUCGCUGCGGCCGCGGGCGCCUCCACUGCCCCGGCCGCCGUGGCUCCCGGGCCCCGCGCCGCGCGCCGCGCCGCGGGCUCUGGCUUCAGGAACGGUUCGGUGGUGCCGCACCAGUUCAUGAUGUCGCUCUACCGGAGCCUGGCCGGGAGGGCUCCGGCCGGGGCAGUCGCUGCCUCCACCUCGGGUUCUGGCCGCCACGGCCACGCGGACACAAUCACCGGCUUCGCAGACCAGGCGACCCAAGAUGAAUCGGCAAACGAGACCGGCCAGAGCUUCCUGUUCGACGUGUCCAGCCUUCCCGACACCGACGAGGUGGUGGGCGCAGAGCUGCGCGUGCUGCGCCGCGAGUCUCCGGAGCCGGGGCCUGGCAGCUGGACUUCCCCGCUACUGCUACUGUCCACGUGCCCCGGCGCCGCCCGCGCUCCGCGCCUGCUGCACUCCCGAGCCGCCGAGCCCCUGGACAGCGCGCGCUGGGAGGUGUUCGACGUGGUGGACGCCGUGCGGCGCCACCGCCGGGAGCCUCGCGCCACCCUCGCGUUCUGCCUCUUGCUGCGCGGAGUGGCGGGUCCGACGCGGGGCCCGCUCGCACUGAGGCUGCUGGGCUUCGGCUCACGGGGCGGAGGCGGGGCGGCGGCGGAAGAGCGAGCACUGCUGGUCGUCUCCUCCCGAACGCACAGGAAGGAGAGCCUGUUCCGGGAGAUCCGAGCCCAGGCCCGCGCGCUCGGGUCUGCUCUGGCAGCCGAGCCGCCGCCGGAUCCGGGACCCAGCAUCAGGUCGCAGACGGCAGUAAUCAGCGGCCGCAGGCGGCGGCGGACAGCGUUGGCCGGGGCGCGGGCGACGCAGGGCAGCGGCGGGGGCGCGGGCCGGGGCCACGGGCGCCGGGGCCGCAGCCGCUGUAGCCGCAAGCCGCUGCACGUGGACUUCAAGGAACUGGGCUGGGACGACUGGAUCAUCGCGCCGCUGGACUACGAGGCGUACCACUGCGAGGGCGUCUGCGACUUCCCGCUGCGCUCGCACCUUGAGCCCACCAACCACGCCAUAAUUCAGACGCUGCUCAACUCCAUGGCGCCGGAUGCGGCGCCGGCCUCCUGCUGCGUGCCCGCUCGCCUCAGCCCCAUCAGCAUCCUCUACAUCGACGCCGCCAACAACGUGGUCUACAAGCAAUACGAGGACAUGGUGGUGGAGGCGUGCGGCUGCAGGUAGCACUCGGGCCAGGCCGGGCCAGGGGCCGGGCAACCGCGCCAUCAAGGACCUCCUACUGAAGAACAACUGCCGGCCAACCCUGUCACCUAGAGUGAGUGCGAGUCCGAGUCUGGACCGGCGCCCGCACAGAGGAGGGAGAGCGCACGUUCACACAGCAACACUCACACCCACACACUUGUCACUCAUGCACACGUUUCCAGUGGAAUCAUCUGGAAGCCCUGGGAAGAGAGGACCUGACGCUACCGAAUGCUACAGCCACAUGUAUUUUGCAAACAGAUCACCAUUGCGCCCACUGCCCCCUUUUGGAGAGAGGAUGGUGUUUGCGUUGCUGUUCCAGUUAACUCGCACUAAUAGGGUAGAAACGGGUUAUGGAACUGGGGGCUUCAGAAUGGGGGCACUAAGGGGAUACUUGAGUAAGCUUCAUCUCACCCCUUUUUGUUUCUGGCCAAAUGUGGGUUAUGGCAGGCACAGCUGCGGGACUGAGUUACACCUGGAAUGGACAGAAGGGCUGUCACAAGUCUUUUCUGAAGGUCUGCGUUGCAUCCGGGUCAUUUAUUGUGGGAAGGAACUGCUGCAAAAAGCCUUAUCUUUUUUCCCUUAACUUAUAAAAUCUAACAUGCUCCCUUGAUUUUGAAAGGGAACAUUUGCCAGAAAGACUGCAUCGCGGAGCUUCCCAGAUCUCUGCAGAGGUCAGCACCACUUUUUUUUUUUUUAAUUAUUAGUUCCAAUUGGGAAUGAUCUAGAGAAUAGAAAAAAGUUUUUUGGGGAGGAAAGUGAAACGGGGGAGAGGUUUUAAACUGCCAGGCUGAUCUGAUAUGUCAUUGGGGGUGGGGUGGCACCUGCCAGGUCCUGCAGCUCCUAAGCUGGAGAGAGGAAGUAGUAGUGCCUUGGGCUGUUCAGGAGGAAGCUAGUGUGAUGUCAGGGAACGGGAAUGGGAUGGGGGCACACUGUGGCUUUCCCUAGAGACCUGCCAGGUUUUCCUGAAGAGCUGGGAGGAGGCACUGAGGUGUCCUGGGGUGGGCUCCUGCAGAGGACUGGGGUUUGCCAGGUAGGCACAGCCCCCUCCAAAUGGUGCCCUGGGAGUAGCCAACAUGUGCUUACGCUUAGCUAUCAAGUCUGUGUUGGCUUUUACAUGCUUUCACUGUGUUGUUGCUGUAGUUUUUGGAAGUGCGAUAGUAACGGGAAGUGAAGCCACACAAAAGUGCUUUUGUGAGAUUUCAACUCCCCACAACCCAAUGGUUCAGAGCCUAAAGAAGGUCGGCCCCACCCCUCCUUGCUCCAUGGAGGAGCAUCUGCAACUUGGCUGCCAUGGCACCUGCAGAAGGGUGGGGUGUGGGGGCCAGAGGUGGAAACCUAUCCCCUAGUCACUGUAUUUUGCCCCAAGGAGUCUUGCUGAUGGUCGGAUUGUCUGCAUAAAAGGGAGGUCAAAGAUGCCAACCUUCAUUAUUUUAUGUGGUUCAUUUCUGCCUGUGAGUCCACUGUAGCCUGUGUAAAUGCUUAGGAGGAGGAAGAGAAACAAGUUGGAUUCCACCUGUCUGGGGAUCCAAGGGCUUCUUUGAAAAACCCUGCAGCCCUCCCGGGUACUCCCGUUUGAGGUUGUGCCGGGCUUUCUCCUUUAGGGUCUCCGAGAGGCAUUCAUUCUGCCCUUCUUCUCUUGAAUACUGAGGUCCAGGAUGACUUACACACAUUUUAAUUCUCAGUGAUGACACUCUUAAGAGAGAGAGAGAGAGAGAGAGAGAGAUCUGAAAGAUUUAGAUACAGCUAAUUUACUUAAAGGUCCCACAUGAGCUCUUUUUAGCCUUAAAAAUUCCCUCAAAGGAGGAUAAAACACAUUUAUGAUGUGAAUUUAUAUGCCAUUGGCUGUAUGAGUAGCUACAUAUGACCAGAAGAUGCAAACUUUCUCUUCAGGUUAAAAUAAAAAAAUUCCAAAGUGGCUGCCAUGGCACACUUCCAUCUAGUUUCAGUGGCUGGGCAAAGACGGUGCUGUUACACUUACGGAUUUUGCCAGAGAAGCCUCACUCUCCUUUUCUAAACUAUGAUUUUAAUAAUGAGUGUGUAGUGGUUGCUCUGAUACCUGUCAUAAUGAUGUAUUUUUAAAAUGGCACGAAAGUAUUAAAAGUUGUGCUAGAAGUUUUAGAAAGAGAGCUGAAAAACUAGCUAAGUAUUAUUUUGGAGAAAUUCUAGGAUAUUUAAUAUCUUUGGACAAAAGCAAACACUUUGAUACUUUCUUAAUGACUAGGAAAAACAAUUUUGGGAGAAGCACUGUCUUGAUUUAGCCUGAGGUUUUCAUGGCAGAAAAAAAAUGUCCAUUUUUUUCCUGUUUCCUCCUGAUGGCUGCUUCCAUCAAGGUGCGUCGUGUUGUAGGAAGUAGGUGUCUCCCUGCAUCCUGAGUCCAGGCUGCACCCCAGAGUGGGGGCUGUUGUCCUUGGUUAGUGACAGCUACUUCGAUGGCCCCUAAUGCUCUCAGCAUAUUCUGUAUCAAACAAAAAGAAUGCCUCCUGGAUUUCCUCUGGUGCUGCAUGUAACUACCAGGGGCUACCGUGUCCCACUCCUACUCUGCUCAGCCCUCUGGCAUCAGAGUUAAAAGUAGGUGAAUGGAGAGGAUGUGUUUCACUUUGUAAAGAUAACAGUAAAAGGACCACCACAUGUGGAGGCAGGCAGGAUCUUGCUGCUGAGAUGUGGAUCGAGAAACUUUGUCAAGAUGUGGAGAAAAGGAUUCUCCCUCCACAGUUGGUAGCACCCUUUACCGUCUGUCUUUCUUCUAGGCAGUGGGGAGCAAGGCCAAAUCAUCCAGCUGGACUCUCCAGUCCCCACGGGUGGGAGAGCUGGUGGCUACCAUUAGGGAUAGGGUGUCAGGACUGUGAGAGAAGGUAGCCCUCCCCCCUACCUGGGGUCACCAAAGUAUUUCUCUUUAAAGUAAGCUGAAUUUUCCAUUUUGUUGGGGAGAAAUCAUGCACUGAUGGUUGAGCUCAUUCAAACCACUCUUUCUGCUAGGAAAAGGAGGGUUUGGCACCCUUCCUUGGGGAGCACAAGCCAGGCCAGCUGGGGCCUAAGAAUAGUCGGUGCCGGGUCUGCCAAACAUCCACACAGUCUGGUCACUGCUGCUUGAAGCCAGACUUUCGUAUUAAGGGAGACCCCCACACUGGCAGGCGGCCAUGCCCACCCAUGCCCCAAUGUUUGCCUGGUUGGAUUCUGGCUUUCCAAGCAGUGGCGCUGGGUCUUCGGGAGAGGGGGGCAGGCUUUGUCAGCUUAGCUUCGAGAAAGCAGUAUUGAGCUGUGCCAUUCAUCGUGUACAUGCUCCCCUGCGCCCUCCUGUCCUGGCAUUUUAUUGCUGAAGUGGCACAGAUGGGAGGGAGAAGAGGGGUGGAUUGUGUAGUUGGCCAGUCACCCAUCAAACCCAGUGCAUGACUUCUCCCCGACAGCUUGUGGGGGUGUCAGCGGGAGCGGAAACUCACCACCAGUGCUCAGGAGAGUACUGACCACCCUGUGGAUGUAAUCGGAGUGUAAUUCAAAUCCUGCAAGUCAUUUAUUCUGUUCGCAAUUUCAUUCAAACUCAAAGCAGAAAAUAACUAGGGACUGUAUGUAGACUAAUCUUCUUCUUAAAGCUGGGAGAAAAGUUGAAUGCUUUCCAAGUGCAGCUUGUGCACAGAAAAAUCAGACUCUUCCCUUGCUUGAAUGUGGUCUCAGGAAAAAGAGGAAGAGAAAGCACAACAGCCAUCUCUGGGCCACAAACACCAUCGGGAGGCCUUGCUGAUUCUCAGGACAUUGAAGCUCCUGCAGGCCCGGAAAGCAGGGCCCACUCAUUGGGCCACAGGCCAGGGGGCCUCCUGUGGUCUCCAGGUGGGCUGGGAGGCUCUGGAAAGCAGCAGUCUGUCAGAGGGGACUGAGCGCUGGCCAUGUCCUCUCAGAGAGGGUCUGGAUUGGGGAGGAAGUGUCAGCAGCAGAGCAAACCCAGCAAACAGCAGCAGUUAGAGGAUGCUGAGAGUGGGAAGUAGCUAGAUCCCUUCGAGGGGUGUACGUGGCGCUGGGGCCCGAGCCCACUGUGGGCUUCUUGUGCCCAGGACUGACCAGCCCCACACAGCACAGCCCGCCUGCAGGAAGGCCGCUCCCCAAGGCAUUUCCUGCGAAGUCUAGCUUCAAUAUAGUCUAGAAGUCCUGGGCAUCACCUCUCUGCUCAGAGCUUCAACUUCUGCUCCUGUAAAAUGAGGAGCUCUCCAGUCCUGUGGUUCUGGGAUUCUCCUUUGUCCAAAAAGCCCAUUCACAUCAUUCAAAGGCAGAGCACAUGUGAUUUCCUGGAAAAGGUUCCCUCCGACUCAGUCCCAGAGCCACUCUAGCAAAUGCUGCAGCUCUAGUUUCUGUGUGUGUGUGUGUGUGUGUGUGUGUGUGUGUGUGUGUGUGUGUGUGUGUGUUCAUUAGACUCUUAGCCUCCAUUGGUACUUCCUGGAUGUCACUUUGAUUUCUUCCUGGAGCAAGGCAGGUGCAGGGAAGGCAAAGAUCUCGGGUGUAGGGCUCAGCUCACCAAAGCCAUGACCUUUCUCAGGUUGUGUCCCAUCUGAGGGCUCUGCCAGCCCAGCUGGAGUUGACACGGGGCUGGGGAGAGCCACACUCGGGCUGAGGCUGUUCUGUGGCCCAGUCCUGGGAAGGCUCCCAUGCUGCUGGUGCCUCCAUGGGAGCAGAGGAAAGGAAAGGCCAUGCCUGGUCAGCAGCCCAGUCAGGGACCCGGGGCUGUCCCAGAGCCCCUAGAUGGGGCAAACAAGCCUGUCUAAGGGUGAGCUGCUCUGUAAGGUCCCACCCGCCCCUUAGCCCCCUCACUGCUGUGCCCAUGUCUGGCCCAGCUUGCCGGGGGAGCAAGCCAGGAGCAGGCACCAGGAGAGCUUCUCUUCCUCUUCUCUUUUAGGCCCUGGAAAAUGGUGGCAGAGCGCAACACUCAGAAACACUAGAAGGGAGGAGUCAAAAAGACGUUAUUUCUGGUUUUUCAGUCAGCACGGCCUUUUGUACCUGGAGCCUUCCAGCCCUUUCCUGGAGCAGCCUUCUUCCCCACUUUGUGCUGCUCUGGACUUUAAUCUGCACCCAGAGCUUAAAACUGCACGAACAGCUAUCUCUCAAUGAGGAUCCAGGCGAGAGAAGCCUGUUCUUUCCAGGAUGGCCACACUCAGUCUGCGGCGAGCCACCUGCGUGGAUGUGGCUGUGGGGAGAGGGUUGGAAGUCGGCCUAGUCAAUCAGUGGGGGCGGUGGAGGACUUGACCUUGGCCACGUGAGCUCUGGUCACUCAUUCACGGCUGCUCUUCUGCUAGUUUAAGGCAGUGCAAAACCUCUUACGCUUCUUUCUAAGUCCACCAUGGGAUGUGAAAUCCAUCGUCUAGGAAAACAAGCAAAAGCUUGCAGUGGGUAAGUCAGUCCCAGGCACCUUCAGGCCUGGCAGUGCAGACCUUCUGGACACGGACAGCUCUUUCACUUUUGUAUUUCUUUUUCACAAUUUUUUAAAGAUGUAGGCGAACAGGAGUGUGGUGGUAUGGUGGCCAGAGGUCUGGCCAGGCAGGUGGUGGGCCAGUGGCUGUCUUCUUUGUAGCCAGUUCGUUUCAUCUCUGUGCUGUUGCAUCUGACCAGCAGUUACUGCCUCAGGAGGCGGCGGGGCCGAGGCUCCUGUUCUCAGCCUAGACCCCGCUCAGGUGCUUGGCUGCCAGCAUCUAGAACCUCAGUGGAUCCUUCUAGGGCUGAGGUGUGCUCGGGGCUGACAAAGACAAGACUCCCACCCUGUCAGGCUUAUUCACAGGAGUCCUGCUGACACACCCAUCUGAAGCACACAGGCUGCACUUCCCAUGAGGACGCUCCCUGGGCUGCAGGGUGAAGAGGGGCGGACUCCUUCUGGUGGUUCAGUGCAGCUGCCCACCGCUUGUACCUCCUCUUUCCGAUGAGCCUGGCUUCUCUCAGACCUCUCACCCGUGAGCAGCCCUAGCCUGGAUUUUUCAGUGAGGUGCGUGAUUCUGAAAAGAAGUGACAAGGUAUGUUGAAGGCCUUUCCUUGUCUGCCUGUUUAUUUCUGAGUGACUGACGGCUGCUAAGGGCAGAAAGAUACAUGUGUCCUGGUGGCUUGGGGCUGCAGUAACUUGGCUUGAGGAAGGAGUGCACCCACAAGCAGAGCAUAUUUCUUUGCAACUUAUAUUUCCGGAUCAGGACCUGUCAGAGUCAAAGCCAAGUCAGCCAUUCAGCAUUCUGUUUAGAAAGUGAUGAUACGGUUCAGGGAGAAAGCAAGCUCGUGAUAAAACGCGUUUUCUGGCUGGGAAAUACUCAAGCCCCAAGCCAGAAACAGAGGCUCUGCAAAGGGGAACUUCUCUGUCCUUCUCCACCGGGACCCGUCAUGGAUUGAACACGAGCAUCCUUAGAGUAAUUGUUUUGUUUUCCUUUGCUUUGUUUUUGGUAUUUCACUUUAUACUGUAGCGCGGACAACUUUUAUGUUUUUUACGACAAAGAAUCAUGAGUCACUUUAGGUGUUUUAGCUACAAGUAUUUCACCCCAAAUGAAAAGUUAAUGAUUUUUUUAAUAAGGAUUUUUAAUGAUUUUGUACCUGUCCUUCAGCAGAUGACAAGAGGGGAUUCUGAAAAGUUUUGGGGGAAAUUUUUUUUUUUAAUAUAUAAAGAAGCAACUCUUCUCACUGUGAAGGUUUCUGCAGAACUCCCGUACCAGCUUGCAGUGCAGUGCUGUUUGAGCUGGCCCUGGGUGGGCAGCAGCAUCUGACACAAGGGGGACCCUGCCCCUUAACAGACACACGCAUUCCAGCUCCAGGGCUGUGAUGUUAAGGAAAUGGGCCAUCACAGCUCAAUAACACAGCAUCCCCUCAGCAGCUAAAUACACAAUUAGUUGUUUGAAGGGAUGGGUAGAAGGCCCUUUCAUUUUGCAAUGACACUCAAUUUCUCAGCUUGGCUUGAUAGUAAGAUGUGAAAGAGGGUGAGGUUUUUAAACCCAUUUAACACAAGCUGGAUUCUCCUUUGUUGCCUGUCUUCCAGCUCUGGUUCGGCCAGAGCAGAACGCUGAGGCUUGGGGACUGGAGACCGGGCCUUCUCCCCGCUGCCCAGCUUGGCCAUUUGGGCCGUAGGAGCUGACGUCGUGAGCGCUGCCCCCGAGCCCAGGCCAGCUGGCGGGGAGCUCAAGGGCAGGUACAAAUCCACUGUGUAUAUGUAUUCUCAAAUUUAAAUAGAUUGUACAUAUUGAAAUGUAAAUGAACUGUAAAACAGCAAUCUCUAUUUUUCUUGACAAUUACAUAGCAGUAUAUAUUUGUUAAACACACUUGUGUACGCUUCAUUAACCGUUUAAAUAUUUUGUACAGAUAAGUUGAUUAAAUAUUUUAUUGAUAA